AACAGAUUUUAAAAUAUUUAUUGUUUGGUAACUGUGAUUGUUAACAAUCAAGUAAAAUAAAAAAUUUAAUUUUAUAUUAAAUAGCAUGUUUAUCCUUAAUAAAAAAUUAGAGUGGUUCGAGAAAUAUAAAAAAACUUUGUUGAUAAAUAUAUUUCAUGUGAUAAAUAAAUAAAAGGAAGAGAAAAAUUAGGAGAGAAAAAAUAUCAUAAAUCAAGAUAUAGAAUAUCUCUGAUUAUGAGAGAUUUGAUAUCCGCAGAUUUUAGAGAUUUGAAAGCUCUAAAUCUAGAAUUCACAAUACAAAAAGUAACAAAAAAAAAACAUAACUUUCUACAAAAUCUACGGAUUCAAUGAAUCCAUGUCUUGAAUCCUGUUCUCCAAACGACCCCUAAAUACGAUUCUCAACUUUUGCUUCCGACUAUUUGAACCGUAUUUGCUCUUUGGGGAUUCUAAUUGCUCAUUGUCUGCGUUGAAAAAGCAUGUUGGUGCUAUAGAAAAGGUGCGUUCAUCACUUCAUUAUGAGAUUUUAUGUGUGGUUUAUGACUUUUUUUAUGUGGCUUUUUCUAAGCCCCAAUUUACAUGCACAGAUCGAAAUUGCAAUGACCAUCUAAUUGAACAACGUUUGGACCGUGUUUUAGUGUCUCUUGAUUGAAUGUGCCAAUGUGUCAAUGACCUUGUAUCUCUCUGACUCAUAAUCAUAUAUCACAUAUCAGGUCUGAUCAUAGAUUUUUGUUCUUUCGACGAGUCACUUCUAGCUCUUUACGAGAGAACUUUCCAGUUUGACCUUCAUUGGACUAAAAUGGCAGAAGCAAACCUUCUUAUCCUACUCAUUGUGCUAAAACUUACAUGAACUAACAUCGAUCGGACCAUCGACUACCAUGGUGGAAAGGACUAAGGACUAUACGAACGAGAUCAAGUUGUAAACAAGUGUUAAAUUGGGGUUCUUUUUGUAAUUGACCUCUGCGCAAUAAAUCAGAACUGUGCUGUCCAGUGUCCUGUAAGUAAAGGGUACGGAAAUAAAUCAGAAACUUCCUCAAUUCUUUGCCUCUCUUCUUCUUCUUCCCAUUCCUCUGUUCUUCUUCUCCUCCCUUUCUCUCUUCUUCUCAAUUCCUAUAUCCCCUAUCAAUUUCCAUCUUGCUACUCUGAAUUCGUCGACAAUAGAUCCAGAUCAAGCCCAGGCGUUACAGAGAUCUGGGAACUUCUCUGGUUCAAUCAGUCACCGUCGCUCUCUUUCUGGGUACUUCCUAUCUUUCCUUUCUUGUCAGUUGGAAUGUCUGGCUUUUGCUUGCUGGAUCUGUUGCUGGAAGUUAGGUUCUUCGUCAAUGGGCUGUAUCUGUUAUGUCGGUGGAUUUGUGGGAUUUUGAUUUUUCAGCCUGAGUUGAGUUGGGGUUUCUUGGUUCGAUUUAAUUAUUAUGGCUCUUGGAGGUGAAGUAAUGAAAGAAUGGUUUGAUUCAGCCACUAGGCUCUUACCAUCUAAGUGAUAGUUUCUUUCUUGAAAAGCACACUCUCGAGCUGAUGAGUCUGUGUUGGUAUUUGAAGAGAUCAGUUUUAGUUUAGUUCGUCAAGUGGGCAUUCCUUGUUCUGAUAACAAUUGACUUGGAUGUGAAGUGUCUUGCUAAUGUGCGUUUUCAGGUUGUAUACAAACUCUAUAUGGUGUUCCUUCUGCAUCUUUGUCCUAACCAAUCAUCUGUGAUCUUUUCGUAUUGGUAUGUCUUGUUUCUGAUGAUCAAGGUUCACCUUUCAUUAAUGGAAGAUAGGGGUUUGAUAUCAGAUCAAGUAGCAUGUUUGUAUGUUGCUAAUUAAGAACCAUACUCUUAGGACAGAACAAAAAAUGGGGCAAACUAUGGUAAUGUGGAGUUCAAAUGGUUAAGUAGUUAUGACCUUAUGAUUGAUUCACCUUUUUCCCCAAUUACCACGCAGGGAGGAGAAAAAAGUUGUGAAUUGGACUGUUCAGAAUGAUAAAAAGGACUUCAAGUAGGUCCAAAGGAAUCAAGGUGAAGCAUGUCUUGCAGAUUUCUCUGUUGCUUGGUGUCUGCUUCUGGUUAAUAUACCAGGUCAAGCAUUCCCAUGAUAACAAAAAGGAGUUUGGUGGUAAAGAUGCAGAAGUUUCCACCACUACUAGAACACACGUUAAUGAUAAUGAGAUCCUGAAGUUGGGGAGGAAAGACCUGCAUCCUCGUGUGGAUGAUGUGGCUAAGAAUGAGAAUGUGGCUGAAGAUGAUGAAACAGUGGCAGAGGAGGAAAACGUCAACGCGGGAGGAGACAAUAAGCAUGCAAAAGAGCUAGAGCAAGAACUCGAACUUACUAAGCACGAAGAAGAGGAGCGGGAUGAUGUUAGUAAGCCUGAAGAGGAAGAAAGGGGCAAUGAUGAUGAUGAUGAGAACAACAAGCAUGACGUAGAAGAAGAAAAGAAGGCCGAAGAAGAGACCAAAGUAGAAAGCAGAGGUGCUGGCGAUAAUGAGUUUGGUGAACAUGAUCAGGAUAAACUGGAAGGAGAAAGGGGAGGGGAAGCUUUAUCGGAAGGGGAGAGAGAGAAAGGGAGUGAAGAUGGCGAUACUAAGGAGAGUGAAGUUAAUAAAGAAGAGGACAAGGAGGUCCAUGGAACUUUACCUGAAGAUGAGGAUCAUGAGGAUGGAAGCCAAAACUCCCAUGAAGCUCAAGAGGAGCACUACAAAGGAGAUGAUGCUUCAAGUGCUGUUACUCAUGAUGAAAACAACAGUGGGAAGGACAAAAUAAAUGGUCUUCAGGUAGACGAAUUUGCUGAUAAUAAUGGAAAUGGGAAUGCCAAUGAGAUUACUCAAACAAACUCAACAUUGCAGCAGGAACAAGGUGACACUGCUGCUAAUAACUCUCUUCAGGUAGAAGAAGUUGCCAAUAGUAAUGGAACUGGGAUUGCCAAUGAGACCGUUCAAACCGACUCAACAUUGCAGCAGGGACAGGGUGACCUAGCUGCUAAUAACUCUCUUCAGGGAGAUGUAGUUGGCAAUAGUAAUGGAACUGAGACUGCCAAUGAGACCGUUCAAACCGACUCAACAUUGCAGCAGGAACAAGGUGGCAUGGCUGCUAAUAACUCUGUUCAGGAAGAGGAAGUUGGCAAUAGUAAUGGAGCUGGGACUGCCAAUGAGAUCGUUCAAACCGACUCAACAUUGCAGCAGGAGCAAGGUGACAUGGCUGCUAAUAACUCUGUUCAGGAAGGCGAAGUUGCCAAUAGUAAUGGAACUGGGAUUGCCAAUGAGAAUAUUCAAACCGACUCAACAUCGGAGCAGGAACAAGGUGACAUGGCUGCGAAUAACUCCGCAAGUGUGUUGUCUGGUGGUGAGCAGACGACUGAGGACGAGAAGAUCAUCAGUCAGCCUGGCUCAGAGAACACAUCAACUACAAAUGUGACAUCCACCGUGCUGCCUGAUAAUGAUCAUCAACAAACAAGCAAUGAGUUGGCAGUCUCGAAUGAAGAAACUGGGAACAAUAAUAGCAAUGGAGAUACUGCUCCAGUGGAAGCAUCUGUGUCUGAUACUACAUCUGAAGAAAAUGCAACAACUGGAGGCUCGGCAAUUGGAGAAUCAUCCAACCAGGAUACCACUGAAGCCGAAAAGGUCAACUCCGAAGGAACAGUCUCUGGUAACGCUCAAUCCACAGACUCAAGUAGCAACUCAGAAUCUGGUGUUGAUCAGACAGUUGCUAAAGAUGAAACAACAGGCGAAGGGGUGAAACCUGUGUUGCCAACAGCAGAAACUGACGGCACUCAUAAUGAGAAUUCUGAGGAGAACAAGGCUGAAUCAGGUCACAGCGAUGACAGUGGGGUGGAAGCUGGAGUUGGGCACGACGCUACUGUUACUUCUGAUUCUUCAGUUGGCCAAGAAGAGAACUCAGGGCUUGAAACAAACGCAGAAGGAGUUAGCAGCGAGACUGUUGCAACGGAAUGAGAGUUGUUUGAGCACCACUCAAAUGGUCCUUUUUAUUAUCAGCCGUUGCAGUUUACAGUUUGUCUAGCUGUUGUUUCCUUAUCACUGAGGGUUCUGUAGUAUUAUCUCUUGUGAGUAACAGUGUGUCCAGCUGAAGGUACAGAAUGAAAUAUCCAUCUAAAGUUAGACUGGAGCAUACGAGUUUUAGUUACUGUUCAGUGAGAGUUAGGAAACUGGUGAGUGAGUUUGUUUUGAUAUUUUUCAUUAUAUGUAAUCCAUGCCCUCUUGUCAACUGGAUUGAUUUCCUUGGAAGUGUUUCUAUAGGAAGCCAUUCCAACGAGUGUAAUUUCUUGUUUCAGUUGUGGACUCCCAAAAUAAUGCCCGAAGUUUGACUCUGCUGUAGUUGCAUACAGUUGCUGGGAAGAGCGGGGUAUGCAAUUGCCAUGCAUGGUGUACGCUGGGAUGUAGGUAUGAAAGUAACUCUAUCGUGUGAAGCGUGUGACAGCGAUCAAGUCGGUUGUAAUGGUUAUCGUUCUUAUUCUGACUUAUAGUUCUCUAGUUCAGUUUUUUUUAGGUCCAAAUUUCCUUCCUAAUUCGUCCCAAGUGUAUUUUUAUAUGAAAUUCACGAAAAACUGCUCAAAAUAACAUAAAAAAAUAUAAAGUACUCGUAAGAUCUAUAAAUCGCACUUUUGACAAAUAGUUUAUCAUUUCCAUCGUAAAAAAUCUAAAAAUACAUUAAAUGAAGAUGUAUAUUGUACAAAAAAUAGCAUUUUUCAGGAGCAAUAACCAUUGCUCUUACCCUCUGGCAUGAAAUCAACUUGUUGCACAACCCUACUUGGUCUCCUCUUUUCUCGAUUAACGAAGUUGUUGGUAUAGCUCAUACGUGAGAAACACAAAAACCAACUUUGUUGUUAUCCAAGGUUGGUAGCCGGUUGGGAAUCGACACUACAACAGCAAAAACACGAUUAAUUUAGAUGCAAAUGAUCCAUCAUAAAAAGAACUGAGAUCUCAAGAGUGAGCUAUCAUUUUGAACCCUAUGAGAAUCGACACCACAAUAGUUACCUCUCAUUGCCACAACAAACCGAUAGCCACGGAAAAUGAAGUUGUAGCUAAUAUAGGUCGAUAGCUGUAAAUGUUUGUUUUCUGUAGCUAUUAAGUGCAUUUUUAGUUACAAUUACCUUUGACUAUAAAGUAUAAACUGAGUUAUGUAUUUGUUAAGAAUGUAGUGUAGCAAAGUAGUACAUCUAUAGCCACCUAAAUUUAGUCAUGUUACUAUAGAGUAUAGUUGAUUGGUGUGCUUAGCCCAAAGGAUUAGUGAGUUUAGCUACAAUAGUGAGCUAGCAAACUCGAGCCAUGAGAAUAUUAGAUUGUAACUAAUGGUUGGAUUUAAAAUUAAUGUAGCUCAAUUGUCAAUAUCAAAGGUCAAGUUACCAUGAGAUGUAAGAUUAUAACUAAUGGCUGUAAUGUGGAAGAAAGAAUUGAUAGGUGAUUUGCAACUCUUUGAGUGGAAGCAAAAAAUUUAUCUAUGUAAGGUUAUUUAUAUAGAAUGGACAUGCUACCAAUAGAAUCACUAAACUAGUUACAAUACCGGUCCACUUACUUAGAUGGUUGGGGAUGGAUCAAACGAUUUUUAAGGGUUUGAAAUGAAAUUAGAUGAACCAUAAUGGUUUGAUUGAUCCAUCGAUUCACCAUUUUUAAUCACAAAGUUUUUAAAAAACUAUACUUUAACGU